UCUUUCGGUACUAAGAAACAAACCUAAUCUCAUGCUAAUGGGGCAAGAUUAUCAGAUUCAGAAUGAUAACCAUACGGUAUUCCGUUCCGUAAGUAAUCAUUCAUUAAAAUCAUUAUUGUCUACUAGGGAUCUUUAUCAUUCAGUUAAAAUGGAUUAUCCAUUUAAUUCCAUGAAGUGUCGUUUAUGGGUUGAAAUAUUGGGUUCUUGUGAUGGUUUGCUCUGCCUAUGGUUCCAAGUUGAUGAUGAUGAUGGGAGGAUUUUUCUAUGUCUUUGGAAUCCUGCUACCAAAGAGCAUAAACAAAUACCCAAAUCACCAUAUAAUGAUGAAUUCGACAUGGUUGCAUUCGGGUAUGAUGCUAAGAGUGAUGAUUACAAGUUAUUAACUCGUUAUUGUAAGAUAGUCCAAGUCUAUUCGUUGCGAUUAACUUCGUGGAGAAGAAUUGGAGAUGUGGACUUUUAUAUUACUCUAGAAGCUGGGGAGCUUGUUAAUGGAGAGCUUCAUUGGUUGGCUGAAGCACGAAGCUCUUCACAUUUUGUAGUCUCUUUAGAUAUCAGUGAGGAGACAUUCAAAGAAAUACAACUACCAAAAGGACCUUUGGUGAAUAAACACCGGUUUAUGACACUAGGGGUGUUGGAAGGGUGCAUGUGUGUUCUUGUUCGUGGUAUCAAUGCUCGUGCGGAAGUAUGGGUAGUGGAGGAUUAUGGAGUUCAAGAUUCUUGGACUAAACGCUAUGUUAUUAACGAUGAAUUGAUUGUGAAAGCUUCUUCGUUGAAGCUUAUCUGGUCUUUUAAAAGUGGGGAGAUUCUAUUCAGGAUUCGUUAACGUCGUGGUCUAGUUUUAUAUGACCCUAAAGAUGAAAGUGUUAGAAAACGACACACUCAGAGGUUAAAUCAUAUCUUCAGCGAAGCGUCUUAUUAUGAAAGCUUAGUUCCCCUGAAAUCAAAUACUUAUCAGGGAAGAAGGACCAGAAGAACAAGACUACCACCAAGGAUUCCUCUAGCACCAAGGCCACCAUUUAGGGUAUGUGGUGGAUCUACUUCUUCAAAGGCAGCACCCUGUAAGUCUAGUGGUAGGGGUCUAUGUCGGAAAUAGUUGGGUCAUAUCUAGAAACAAUGAUACGAAUAUCAUUUUGGGCUGCUAAUUAUGAUUUGCUACAUAGAUAGCAUCUACCACAAUACACCUUAUUGUGUAGAAUUUGUGUAACUUAUUGGUUUUUGAU